AUGGUCUACCGCUGUGUCCUGUUAACGUCGUCCGCUGCGCUGCGCCGUCGUUCGUUGACUCGAUUCUAUCGACAAAUAGCUAGCAAUGAAAUUUCAUAUCGUUUUAGCUUCUUCUCUACUAUUGAUUCGACUAAACGACCUGUGCAAGUGCUGCAUAAUAAACCACUGACGAGCUACGUACAAGUGGAACAGGACAUCGCCGUCAUGCAGCGUGAGAUUCGUGAUGCGUAUAACUCGGGGAAUUAUCAAGCCGCUUUGAAUGCUGGAUUAAAGUGUCGAGACUUGGUUCAAGCACACUUUGGAGAAAACCACCCUGUUUACGCAAGCACAGUGACCAAUAUUGCCCUUAUGUACAAGAAUCUAGGUCAGAUGGAGGAGGCUAUAGAGGCCUAUGAAUUUGCGCUCCAGACGUACAAGGCCAGCGUAGGCGAACAGCACGCGUCCUUUGCAACAGCUCUCUACAAUUUGGGGCUGGUGUAUCGUGCGCUGGCGAUAUCCACUGCUGGUAUGGAGCGCGUGGAUGCGCUGCACCGUGCGCUUGAGUGCUUUGAGGAGUCGCUCAAGAUUCGUCAACGUAUCCUCGAGCCCGGACAUCCCGACAUUGGUCUCAGCAUGAGCAAUGUGGGCGUCAUACACUGGCAAAACAAGCAGCCAGAGAAAGCGUUUGCAGCGCUAAAGGAGGCUGUUGAGAUAUUAGACAAGAAAGUGGGACCCAAGAGUUUACUUACGGCACUGGUAAAGAACAACCUUGCGUACGCGAAGAAGGAGGCGCACGAGUACGACGAGGCCAUUAAUUUGUAUGAAGACGUGCUGAAUGUGCGAAAGCAGGUGCUUGGUCCGGCGCACAAUGAGACUAUCAUGGCGCGUCAUAAUCUUGCGGAGGCCUAUCGCUCAAGUGGAAACGAGGACAAUGCAGUGAAAAUUCAGAACGAGAUUUUGGAAUUAUUUGAUGCUGGGUUGAGGCCGGAGGAAACGAAGUAG